GGGGUCUACAUGCACUCAUGCCGGUACGGCUACUCAUGGGUCUGACAAGCAAUCUUAUCCAGCGGCAACAUUAUUGUCACCUGCCUUGUGCCAAUGUCCGAAUCGCGCUGAUGCCCGUGCGUGCACCAUCGCAGAGUCCACCGUCUGACGGGGCUCAGAGAGCUGCGAGUCAUUAGGCGCAGCUCAGUCCUCUACCUUCACCCCAGCACGAAGAUCUAAGAGUGUUCUGCCGAACCCAGACAGCGCUCUUCUCAUCAUGUCGACCUCACUCGCUUUGCAAGCCUUUACGGCGUCCCUAGCGGGCAUCGCGAUCUAUGUGUCCAACAACGAUCCCAGCGGCUCCAUCGAGAAGCCAGCGGCAAGCUGGGCGUCAGGCGAGGAGCAGCAGGAAGACCGCAUCCUCAAGCCGAAGGAUUCCCAGUCGAUCAUCCGCAAGGUAGAAUAUUUCCUGUACAUGAAAGGCUCCGCCAUAUCCGGUGGCGCUCAAGGCCUCUUCUUGUUGAAGCUCUUCUUUGAUUCUCGCAAUGUGCAACCGAUCGAUGUGGUGCAUGCGCGUCCUUCAAGCGCAUACUUGACAGCCGUCACCCCACUCUACAUCAGCACCAUCUUCGCCGGCGCUAUCCGCUAUUGGUGCUACAGGGCAUUGAAGGAAUUCUUCACCUUCCGUCUGCAGGUCAAAGACGAGCAGAAUCUGGUCAAGACAGGACCCUACAAGUACCUCGCUCAUCCUUCUUAUUUCGGUCUCUUCUUUGCUUACAUAGGCAUGACGACCGUCUUGCUGGGACCUCUCAACGUUCUCGUCUAUCUGCUGGACGAUAAGCCGCUCUUCGAGUCAGCCACUUAUGCUUUGCCUUCUUGGAUGGUGGACGUUGUUGGAGGCGUCAAGAGCAUCAGUCUCAAUCCUCGCGCUAUUGCGCGCGCUGUGCUCUGUCUCGAAGCUAUUCAGACGCUAAGGACAGGGCUGUGGGUCGUUCCAACAAGGAUUGCCGAUGAGGAGAGCAUGAUGCGCAAGCAUUUUGGUCAAGAGUACGACAAUUACCUCGCCAAGCGAUGGAGAGUGUUUCCAUUCGUCUGGUGAAAGAGGAAAUCCCAUGCGCGAAAGGCGACACGGUCGGCUACCCUCACGACCGCAAGCGUGAUCUCGCAAAGGACCUUGGACGAAGCGGCUUGCUGGGCCCACAUAUA